UAAAAAGCCUAUAAGCCUUUAUUUAUGCCUUGAACAACUAGAUGAAAUUAUAGCAAGGGCAUUGUUUUUUAGCAGAGAACAACUGCAAACUGAUUUAGAUGCCUACCCAUUAACUUUUAUUCUGUUAUAAUUCAAGAAAGAGAUAGAGAGAGAAGACUCCUACAAUGCCUUCCUUUUUCAUCGUAUUCCUUCUCUGUUUCGCAUUUAUUAAUAAUCUCUCUGAGGCUAGCCACCACAGGAAACUUCCCUCUGCAGUUGUUGUUGGUACAGUUUAUUGUGACACAUGUUUCCAAGAGGAUUUCUCAAAGAACAGCCACUUCAUUUCAGGAGCAUCUGUUUCAGUGGAAUGCAAAGAUGAGAAUUCGAAACCAAGCUUUCGCAGAGAAGUGAAAACAGAUGAGCAUGGAGAGUUCAAAGUUCACUUGCCUUUCUCAGUUAGUAAACAUGUAAGGAAAAUCAAGAGAUGCUCAGUGAAAUUGUUAAGCAGCAGUGAGCCAUAUUGUGCAGUGGCUUCAACAGCAACUUCGUCAUCUCUGCGUCUCAAGUCAAGAAAGGAAGGAAUACACAUCUUCUCAGCAGGAUUUUUCAGUUUCAAGCCUCAGAAGCAACCCAACCUCUGCAACCAAAAACCAAGCAUCCAAACUUCCAGGGAAUUUAAUGCCCAAAAAACCUCAACGUCUUCUAUCCCUUCUUUUGGUGACCCAGCAUUUCCACCUCCACUUCAAGACCCUGCUGUCCCUGAUCUCCCUCCACUUCCUUUACUUCCAAAGCUGCCACCAUUACCAGAACUCCCUCCUCUCCCACCUCUUCCAGGACUACCGAACAUUCCAUUUCCGCCAGUGCCAUCUCCGCCGGUGCCUGGAAAGACCACCACAAACCCAAAAGCUUAUACCGAGUCUUUGAAGAGUGCACAAGCGUUAGAUCAGAAAGAAGUAAACCCUGACUUUUUCUUCCCCACACCGCCCCUUUUUCCUCCAAACCCUUUUCAGCCACCUCCAGUACUUCCUCCAAACCCACUUCAACCACCUCCAUUAUUCCCUCCAUUGCUUCCCCCUAACCCAUUCCAGCCUCCUCCAGCUCCAUUGAUUCCUUUACCUCCAAUUCCUGGCCUCACUCCACCCCCACCACCACCUACCUUCCCAUUUCCUCCUCUCCCUCCUUUCCCAUUUCCCCCUUCACCUCCUCGUGUCCCAGGAAUCCCCCCUGCUUCUUCAACUUCCCAGAAAACUUCUCCUUGACUGAACACUAUCUAUCAUAAUUAUCCAAUAUUGUCACUAAAUUUUCUUCUUUCUGCAUUGUUUUAUCCUGUCUAGAAAAUUAUAUAUGAUACAGUAAUGGGAUUGGCAUAAUAGGAUCGAUAUUUACUAGUGUUUUGUUGUUAAUAAGGGUGAAAGAGCAUGAGAUUAUUGUAUAUCUAGAAUAAAAUAAGGUUCUUAUAAUCUGCUUCGUGGUUUUUCAUAUAUGUCCUUGUGUAAAUCCUCCUAUAGUUGAUCUGAUAUGAAAUGUUCCAGAUUAGCUUCUUUUCGUAA